UGCAAUGGGAAAAAGCCUUCAAAGGCAGAGUAUUAGGGUUUAGGGUGUAGGGUUUGCAGGCUGCACCGGCCAAAGGCAGGAGAGAGGGGCUCAGAAAGAGAGGCCACACACGAAGCGAGAAGCAGCCAGAAGGCUCCCCAGCUGAGAUCUCUCUCUGUUUGUGUCUGCCUGUCUUCAGGAAGAUGCUGCUCAUUCUCAACGACCAGGCCAUCCUGUGAUGCGUUCUAGCACACUUUUUGUACCAUCCUAGUGGAGAUAUGGUUGCUCUUUGGAGAGACCCCCAUGUGUUCUACAAAGCACUCUCCCAGGGUGGCUACCCCAACUAGCUUUCCAUCAGAAGCCGCGCGACCCACACACACGCCCAUCCGCCAGAUGCUUGGUAAGAUCUGAUCAGCCAAAGUCAAGUCAUCUCACACACAGCCGCUCAGCUUCUGUGUGGGUGCACCUUUCCUGCACACAGUAAGUACACCUACCUUGACGAAUAGCGUCCUUCUUGUGGUCUGUCUGUCUGUCUGUCAGGCUCUCUCUCGUGUGCGUGCUGCAGCACCGGAGCAUGGCUGCUUCCAUCGGCACGGCCUACUACGAGCUGACGGAGUGCUUCCGGCAGCGAGAUAUGUCCAAGCUGCGCACCCUGCUGUCCGCCCCCGAGGCCGCCGACGCAUUCAACAGAGACCAAAACCUGGGACUCGCCAAACAGUGCCUUCCGGUACAUAAACACACACACUCACAUAUGGAAGGGUACAGAGAUGGAGGCAUCUCAUCUGUUGUGUGUGGAGGUGUGCAGGCCUUGCAGCGUCGGCUAGUGCUGCAGCUGACGUCGACCUACCUGACGCUGUCGCUGGAGGACAUCCGGACAAAGGCGCACAUCGGGUCGAUCGCCGAGACCGAGAGCCUCCUAUUCGACAUGAUCACUCGGGUGAGUGAGUGAGUACGGGACGCCCUCAUUCACAGUAACCUCAAUGUUUGUCUGUCUGACUGCGUGUGUGUGUGUGUGGCCACACACACAGGGCCAGUUGUGUGCCCAGAUUGACCAUGAGAGCAACCACGUGGUCUUCACCGAUGACGGAGACCAACACGAGGUAUCUCAGAUGGCACACAGCACCACUGGCGCAUCCGUGUUGUGUGUCGUGGGUGUGGCUGGCUGGCAGGAGGCGUCUGCGGCCGGUCCGUCUGGUGGUGCGGAUGAGAGCGUCCGCACGGCCGCUGACCUCGACAGGCAGAUCACCCAGAUGCUCGCCAUCGCCAGGCAGCUCAAGAAAUACGAAAACGACAUAAGUACACAGAUCAGCACAGCACAGCACACCGAACCACAUACCUACGUUGAGUUGACGGACGUGUUGUGGGUGUGGUGUGUGCAGUUGUCGCUGAAUGAGAACUAUCUGAGGCGGCAGAUGGGCAGCGCGUCGGAGUUCUCGGCAGCCGGCGGCUUGGGGCUGGAUGAGGACGGCCUGCGCGGCGGAGGGAGUGGUGGGCUCGACUAUGGAGAGCUGAUUGACGACGUGUGACGAAAAGCCCUCGCUGGCGGUGGGGUUUGGUGUAUGUACUUAUUCGGCCAUCCCGAGCCUGUCUCCCUCUCUUUCUCCCUCUCCCUCUGUGGGUGCUGGUGUGUCACUGUCUGCCGUGCUUCUGAUGACGACAGACGUCAGACAAUGGAUGGAUGGAUGGAUGGACAUUUGUGUGAAUGUAUUUUCAUUCUGCCGCU